AUGGACACAAUUUGGUCUUCACCGACCUCGCUAUUUGGUUUGUCGCCUGAAAUAUAUAAUAGUCGAAGGACACUAUGGAGACGGACAUUCUUCCAAAGGGCAGCAAAGAUGCCUUGGUCGAUAGACACGUCGCUAUCGUUCAUCACCCUUCUCCUCACAGGAAUCUCGUUCCUUCUUAAAAUCUGGAACCAUGUUGCAAAUAGGUCUUACGGGAGGGUUCUACCCCAAGGAGUAGUCAGAUCUACCCCCGAAACCUCGAUUAUCAGAAGACAACAACAACAUCAUCAUCAUCAACUACACAAUGUCGAUCCAGAUAUUCUGCUCGAAUCUGGGCUACAUCCCGGAGCCUACCAAACGCUGAUUGUUAAUCAGACAUUCGUUGUAAACAUCAGUUCGGUUGCGCAUACUGUAUGA